CAACAGACCACGACAUUCAUGCUUGCCCCAGGUGUAUACAAUGUGCUUCCACCUGACUGCUUAUGUUGAUAAAGAACUGAAUGACCAGCUCUCCUAUGUCUGAUAAGCAAGCUCUAAGUGACGACAAGGAAUGAUCAACCCCUGAUAAUAAAAUCAACAACAGACUUCGGUGUAAAAGAAUUCAAGAGGAUCUUUGAGAAAGAGGGCAAGAUGGCUUCCAAUGUAGUCAAUGACUAUGUGGCUGGUGCAGUAGGAGGUAUUGCUGGACUGGUCAUCGGUCAUCCUUUUGACACUACAAAGGUUAGGUUUCAGGUGGAGUCUUCAAGCAGCAGUCUCUCCAGUUGCAUGAGGAAUAUACAUGCUGACGGAAUGAUCGGGGGUUUCUUCCGAGGCCUCUCAAUCCCAUUUGCUUCUUACGGAAUCGUCAACUCGGUUCUUUUUGGCGUGUAUGGAAACACGCUGAGGUUUCUGAAUGAGGGGAAUGUGGAUAAGGUCCCCAAAUUAUCACAUGUGUUCCUGGCAUCAGUAGCAGGAGGUCUGGUGCAGCUCAUCCCAGCAUGUCCAGUAGAGGUCAUCAAGUGUAUGCUACAGUCACAAGCAGGGAAUCUCAGUUCUCAUAGCAAAGAACUUUACUUCAAAGGCCCAUGGGACUGUGCAGUGCACAUUUUCAAACAAAGUGGACUACGAGGCUUCUAUCGAGGACUCCCAAUACAAGCAAUAAGGGACCUACCAGCAUCUGCCGUCUAUUUACCAACUUAUACAAUCAUCAAUGAUUUCCUUGUAAAGAAACAAUGGACCGACAAGGGAGGUUACUUAUCAGGGUUUUUUAGCGGUGGAAUGGCUGGAGUUUGUUCAUGGAUGAUAAUCAUGCCCUUCGACGUCAUAAAAAGUCGUUUACAAUCCGACGUUGGCAAGAAAUACAAAGGUGCAAUAGAUUGUGUGGUUCAGAGUUACCGGGUCGGUGGCUUGAAUGUUUUCUAUAAAGGGACACUCAUGUGUGCAAUCAGGGCAUUUCCAGUGAACGCAGCAACACUUCUAGUCUAUCAUAAGAGUAUGGAGUUCCUUAAUGGACUUGGAGAGUUAAGAGAAUAGAUCAAGUGUAUGCAAGAUGAAAGGGGAUAGGGAUCCAAUGAUGGAGAUUCUUGUAGCACAUUCACUGUUGACAAAUAAAUCUUGUUUCUCAGGGAUAGGACUAGACAAACCUAAUCAAAGAACAAAACAGUAUUUUUUAGAAAUAUUUUGGUUUAUCAAAUAUUGACUGCUCAAUGUAUACCAAACUACAAUAAUAAAUAAUACAAAAUUAUU